CAUUUCAGGUCCUCCGUUCUCCCCUCGCAUCGCCCCUCCCUUCCCCCUCCUCCCUCUGGAGGCACCGAGCAUGAAGACGCCGAGCGGCGAUUCCGUGAGAGCAAAGCGGCACUUGGAUGCUUCGGAGCUGUCCCCAAAAAAACAUAAGCCGGGGGGUUCAUCUUCUUCCUCGGGCUCUCAUAUGGAUGCAGAAGCUCCGAUUCCUACCGUUCCUGCAGAUCAAAUUAAUCCUCCAGCAGCUGAUGUUCCUCAGCCUACUUCUGUUGCUCGUGUCCCCCUUUCAGGUGGCAAUAGGGCCCAUGAGUUAUUUAUAAAAGUGUCGCCCUCUGUUGUCACAGUAACACUUAAGUGUCCCUCUGGCUUACAGGAAGACAAGCGUGGAACUGGCUUUAUCAUCUCAGCCACGGAAAACUAUGCUUUAGUUUACACUUCGUUUUCUUCUGCACAACAUGGAGUGAAUGUGUACCAUUAUUCUGUCUAGCUUGAAGGAAGUAGUCAGGGAGUUACAGCUUAUAUUCUGAGUCGUGAUCCCAAUGAGAAGUUCAUUAUCUUGAUUGUCCAAACCCGUAAAAUGCAUGCAACUGUCACAUUAUCGGAUAUUCCUCUACAGUACGAGCCUGUUAUAACUGUUGGUGCUAUGGCUAUUAUACGAACUACAUACGUAUGUUCGGAUACCCCAAUAGAUGAAUCAUCUCUUGGUAGUUUGGAAAUGCAUCAAGGUGGAGUGCUAACUCCAAACUGUUCUGCCCUGACUCUUGAUUAUAAACCUUUGAAAGGGUCUGAUAAAUAUUUUGAAGUGAAGUGUCUUGCCCAGGAUUCUAUUAUUGAAAUGGAGUAUAUUGAUCUCAAGAAGCAUACUGCAUACAGAAUAGAGUCUGCCCCUGUGUUUGAUAUGACUGGUAAAGUGGUGGGUUUAAUAUACUCAGCUGGUACUGAUGUUGAUGUGAAGAAUGGGUUUCUGUCCAAAUACAUUAUCUCAUCCUUAAGAUCCAUCUGUAAGAAUACUGACUGG